AUGAAGGCAACGUUCCUGUCUAAAGCUACAAGUGAGCCACCCAAGGGACGGGACAAUAUCGAUACAGUAUCGGCAACGGUAGUCGAUUUCCCUGAGCCGCCAUCGGACGGCGAUCUCGCGGAGAACAGCGUCUGGGUCGACGCACUCUUCAAAGAGCUUUUCUGGGUCUUGAAGCUGCAUGGCCUUCGUUUCUCUGGCUCCGGAUCUGGAGGACAGUCCAGUGUCAGCGGCGUCAAGAAAAGGCUGGAGCGUGCCGCAACCUUAGCGUGCCCAACAGUCUGCGCGGCGUACGCGGCCCACUGCAUGGCCACCCUGUUGCUGGCCCUCAAGCGCGACCAGGACGCCAUGACGACUGUUCUGCCUGACGUGUCCGACCUCUGCCGGGCGCUCGUGUCCUUCCUGACGGCUGCCCACUGCGCCCUCAACGGCGCCAGGGUGUCUUCCCUGCUGCGUCACUCGGCGGCCGCCAUGUUCGGGCAACAGUCUUCGACCACCGUCCGUUUCGUGAGGCCUUCCAGCUGGUCGGCCAUGCGACGCACCGUGAUCGCUUCGAGCGGCUUCGCCCUGCUCAGCUGGGUGGUGUUCGUGGGGCUCCGCGUCUCGACGCUCCGUCGCCGAGGCCUGCGGGCGUACUGCGCGUCCUACCUGUACGGCUUUGACCCCUCCGGCGGUGAUGGCGGACCAGCAGUUUACGUGGUGCCAGCGCUGGACGCUCUGCUGUACGGGGCUAUCAUGGCGGUGCCUCGGUGGAGCAUCGCCCUUCACGUCUCCGUGUGCCGCUUCCUGGGCGCUAUGGGCGAGCAGCUGUCCGCCAGCGUCAGACUGGCCGCCGAACCACAGGGCAGACAACUCGGAGCCGCCGAGGUGCGGGCGCUUCGGCUGCGCCAUGCGUUGCUGUGCCGUGCCAUCGGCCGCUGCGACGACAUCUACAGUUGGCUUCUCUUCUUCUGGUGCGGAGACGCGGUGCUGUGCUUCGUCUUCGGCGUGCCUUGGAUCAUGGCUCGCGCGGACGUGGACGAGCCCGGCGCGUACGCCACGGCUUCCAUCGACGUCACCCUGGCCGUCGUGCUCCUCGUGGCCCUGUUCGUCGCGGCCUCGGAGCCCGGACGCUUGGCCAAGGAGUCGCUGACGCCGCACGUGCUACGCCUUUCGUGCUGCGACCAGCACGUGGGCGCAUCUGCGUCCCGCACGCAAGCCGAGGAGGUGGCCCUGAACCAGGAGCUGCUGAUGCUAUCCACGGCCGUGCGAGGAGCGCGCGUGGAGAUGUCGGGCUGGAACUGCUUCGACGCACACCGCGGCUCCACCAUCACCGCCAUGUCUAUGCUGGCCACGUACGCGGUGGUCGUCUACCAGAUGCUGCACCACAUCGAGUGA